AUGGUCUACACUACUCCUGUCCGCGCUGCGGAAUUCAAGAGCGCCUACGGCCCCAAAUACAAGUUCCAGCCCAACAUCAAUGGAUGGAACCAGACUUCUCUCCUCCGAACUGGUGUGAGAUCUGCCUCUUUUGGUGGUGCUGCCGUUGUCGGUCUCCUUCUCUACGUCUCCGGCAUUCCUCGUGUCCAGAGGGACGUUCUCCAGAAAAUCCCCUUCGUCGGCAGCUACUUCGUUCAGCCUGAGGUCCAUCCCCAGGACAACCCCUUUUAA